CCCGCCCGCCCGCGCACUCAGCCAGCCAGAGCCACGAGCGCACAGCGGCCAUGGAGCCCAGCAGCAAAAAGCUGACGGGUCGUCUCAUGCUGGCCGUGGGAGGGGCAGUGCUUGGCUCCCUACAGUUUGGUUACAAUACUGGAGUCAUCAAUGCCCCCCAGAAGGUGAUCGAGGAGUUCUACAACAGGACAUGGAUGCACCGCUAUGGCGAACCCAUCUUGCCCGCUACACUCACCACGCUCUGGUCCCUCUCUGUAGCCAUCUUCUCCGUGGGAGGCAUGAUCGGCUCCUUUUCAGUGGGCCUUUUUGUUAACCGCUUUGGCCGGCGGAAUUCGAUGCUGAUGAUAAACCUGUUGGCCUUCCUGUCUGCGGUGCUCAUGGGCUUCUCGAAACUGGGCAACUCUUUUGAGAUGUUGAUCCUGGGCCGCUUCAUCAUUGGGGUGUACUGUGGCCUGACCACGGGUUUUGUGCCCAUGUAUGUGGGGGAGGUGUCACCCACGGCCCUCCGAGGGGCCUUGGGCACCCUGCACCAGCUGGGAAUCGUCGUCGGCAUCCUCAUUGCCCAGGUGUUCGGCCUGGACUCCAUUAUGGGCAAUGAAGACCUGUGGCCCCUGUUGCUGAGUGUCAUCUUCAUCCCAGCCCUGCUCCAGUGCAUCCUGCUGCCCUUCUGCCCCGAGAGCCCCCGCUUCCUGCUCAUCAACCGCAAUGAGGAGAACCGGGCCAAGAGUGUGCUGAAGAAGCUUCGAGGGACAGCCGACGUGACCCGGGACCUGCAGGAGAUGAAGGAAGAGAGCCGGCAGAUGAUGCGAGAGAAGAAGGUCACCAUCCUGGAGCUGUUUCGCUCAGCCGCCUACCGCCAGCCCAUCCUUAUUGCCGUGGUGCUGCAGCUGUCCCAGCAGCUGUCAGGCAUCAAUGCUGUCUUCUAUUACUCCACAAGCAUCUUUGAGAAGGCAGGUGUGCAGCAGCCUGUGUACGCCACCAUAGGCUCCGGCAUUGUCAACACGGCCUUCACCGUUGUCUCGCUCUUUGUGGUGGAGCGAGCCGGCCGACGGACCCUGCACCUCAUUGGCCUGGCUGGCAUGGCGAGCUGUGCUGUGCUCAUGACCAUUGCGCUGGCACUUCUGGAGCAACUGCCCUGGAUGUCCUAUCUGAGCAUUGUGGCCAUCUUUGGCUUUGUGGCCUUCUUUGAAGUGGGCCCUGGCCCCAUACCAUGGUUCAUUGUGGCCGAACUCUUCAGCCAGGGUCCUCGCCCAGCUGCUUUUGCUGUUGCUGGCUUCUCCAACUGGACUUCAAAUUUCAUUGUAGGCAUGUGCUUCCAGUAUGUGGAGCAACUCUGUGGCCCCUACGUCUUCAUUAUCUUCACUGUGCUUCUAGUCCUGUUCUUUAUCUUCACCUACUUCAAAGUUCCUGAAACCAAAGGCCGGACCUUUGAUGAGAUUGCUUCUGGAUUCCGUCAGGGGGGAGCCAGUCAAAGUGACAAGACACCUGAGGAGCUGUUCCACCCCCUGGGAGCUGAUUCCCAAGUGUGAGGCCCCAACACCACCAGCCCGGCCUGCUUCCAGCCGCCUCAAGGAUCCCUCAGAGCAUGAGCAGCUGGACGAAACUUCCACACUGACAGAUGUCACCAGAGCUGGCCGGGCCUGGGGCUCCCUUCUUCAGCCAGCAAUGAUGUCCAGAAGAAUACACUGGAUAUUACUCAAGACUUUAAUGGCUCCAGGAUUUUAACAAAAGCAAAACUGUUGCUCAAUCUAUUCAGUUAAGCAACAGGUUUUAUAAGGUUUUUUUAUUACUGAUUUUAUUAUUAUUAUUUUUUUAUCAGCCAGAGUCUCCUAUACCCACAGCUCUGGCUCCACUCUGAAUGGUUCUGUACUGAGGGUGGAGACCAGGUCCUCCUCAGACACAUGCCUUCUUCACCAAGCUAAUUUGUAGGGCUGGACCUAAGACCAAGAACAUGCUAAUAGAAAUAUGAACUACUGAGGUUCCUACCCCAGGAAGUGGCAAUGGUUACUCCCUCUGCUAGCCUGGAUCCCUCUGCCCCAGGGAUCAGGCUCCACUAGGAUUCAUCCAUUCCCAUCUCUUCCUACCCAACCACUCAAAUUAAUCUUUCCUUGCCUGAGACCAGUUGGAAGAACUGGAGUGCAGGGAGGAGAGGGGAAGGGCCAGAGUGGGCUGCCAGGUUCUAAUCUCCUUUGCACUGAGGCUAGAUGAUCGCAUGAGAGGAGUGCUGUGGGAGGCUGAGAACUCACUACUCAAGAAGACAUGGAUACUCCUGCCCUGCUAUGUAUAGAUGGAGGAUAUUUAUAUAUACAUAUAUAUAUUAUUUUUUUGUUGUCAAUAUUAAAUACAGACACUAAGUUAUAGUA